AUUGGCCCAACCAGACGACGGGAGGGAGCAAGAAGAGCAGGCGGGGUGUGCACGCCUCUUCCGCCCUGGGCCCGGAAGGGUGAUGUGGCUGGGGCUCCUCCGGCCUCACUAUGUCUGCCAUUUUCAAUUUUCAGAGUCUGUUGACUGUAAUCUUGCUGCUUAUAUGUACCUGUGCUUAUAUCCGAUCCUUGGCACCCAGCCUCCUGGACAGAAAUAAAACUGGAUUGUUGGGUGUAUUUUGGAAGUGUGCCAGAAUUGGUGAACGCAAGAGUCCGUAUGUUGCAGUCUGCUGUGUAGUGAUGGCCUUCAGCAUCCUCUUCGUGCAGUAGUUUGGGAAAGGAUCAGAAUUUAAUCACCAUGCUUCAAUAUGAAGAAAGGACUGAAAAUAAUGGAAAGAAUGGUUAACUCUUUUAUCUCUGAACAUUGAGUGAAAUAAAUUUCCAGCUGCUGUUCUCUAUUUUUGUUACUGGACCAAUGUUCUAUAUAAAUAAUUAGAGUGUAACCAUUUAAUGCUCAGAGAGUCUAAUAUGUCUGUAACAAUCAACCUCAGUACUGUCACUACAAUACUAUAGCCUGCAAAUGUCAUUCUCUUUGUCAGAUACCAGUUUUUAUAAGGCAAAUAGUAGAAAACAAAAUUGAUAAAUAACUCAAGUUCCUUUCACUGUGAUUUGGAAAUGAUAAAUCUUUAUAGGAUGAGACCCUUUUUUGGACUACUUUUUUAUUAAACGUUCAAUUUGUGUUGGUAAAGAUGGCAUUCAUGUUUAAUGAUGCUUGCUUUUCCUCUGGCCACACCGUCUUGAGCAUUAACCAAAGUACCUCUGCUCUUAACAAACCCUGUUGUGUGUUACAGGCGUUUAAACUAUUUUUCAAAAGCCUGUGCAGUUCUUAAGGAGGAAGAUAAAUGAGAUGUGGCUUAAGAGUAGUAUUGGGAAAAUGUUCAUAUUUAACAUAAAAGAGUUUAAAAUUGCCGACUGGUGUAGUAGAGCCUCUGAAACCUCUCUGGUUAAGUAUGUAUAAAUGUCCUAAGUAUAAAUUUGAACACCUAAUUAUCAUUUUCUGAAUAAGACUACAUUCUUAGAAUGAAAAGAGCAAAAGAGAACAAUUACAGAAUGAUAAUCCUGUAUGUGUUUUUUAUUCUUUUCAGUGUCAGGUCUUCACUUACUUCAAUUGCCCCAAAAUGCAAAUUGUAUUUUUUGUUUGUUAUUUAAUACAGCACUUUAAAUCUG